UCUCUCAAAUCAAAUUUCAGAAUCACUCUCCCUUUCUCUCUCUCUAUUAUAUUCUGCCUGACUGUGUCUUAAACUCCAAAAGGUGACUGCUCCAACACCGCGAGUUUCAGCCACCCACCUCCGUUUCAAAAGGGUCACCAAAAAAAUAAAAACUUCGUGCUCUCCGUCUCUCCCACCUCAUUUCUCUCUCUCUUUCUCUCAACAAAGUCAGAUCUGAGAAUGAUGGACUCUCUACCUGAUGCCAUUGUCAACUACAUCUUGUCAUAUAAUAACAAUGCCAGGGAUGUGGCUGUUUGCAAUUGUGUAUCUAAGCGGUGGAAAGACUCAAUGCCUUAUAUUCGUAGCCUUUACUUCCCACGGAGCUCUUUUGACAAUCAUACUGGCCAGGAGCAUCCUGACAAUAUUGUGUGGAAGAUGAUAUCAUCAAUUGUUCAACUAGAGGAGCUUGUUGUGUAUACCCCAUUUUCUGGUGCUGGCCUUGCUUUAUGGCUUUCCCAUGCAGGUUCCUCCCUCCGGCAUCUUGAGCUUCGAAUGGAUAACCUUGUUGAAAAUCAGACUUGUAAUGAGGGCCCCUCGAAAUUGGAUUGCAUUAAUGCUGCAAAGAAUUUGGAAUCACUAAAACUUUGGGGUGUGUUAAUGACCCAUCCCCCCAGGUGGGAUGCCUUCCAAAAACUUUGGAACCUUGAAAUUGUAGGGGCCAGAAUGGAGGAUCCAGCUUUAUCAGCUGCACUUCGAGCAUGUCCUAAUCUGACCAACUUGUUGCUGCUUGGUUGUGAAGGAGUUAUAUCGGUUUCGAUUGACUUGCCACAUUUGCAGCAGUGCAAGCUUGAUUUUUAUGGCUUGGGUAAUUGCUCGCUUUCCCUGACAUCCCCUAAAAUCGAAAUCCUUGAGGUGCAAGGUUGUAGUUGGAUUAGGGUUUGUGAGUCGAACUGCUUGAAGAAUCUUUCAAUUGCCAAUAAUGCAGGGAGAGUGUACAUGGUUGAUUUUGGGAAACUUGAGGCUCUUGAGUUCUUGUCCAUCAGGGGAGUCCAGUGGUGUUGGGAUGCAAUAAGCAAUAUGCUUAAAUGGGCAAGUGAGGUGAAGCAUCUGUACAUGAAGGUCGAGUUCACUGGAGAUUAUGAGGCACUUCAACCCUUUCCAGAGAUUGAUUUUGUUGAAUUUUUUAAUAAUCACCCCAAACUGCAAAAGUUCGAUAUCCAUGGAGCCAUGUUUGCUGCUCUUUGCCAGAAGAACAGCCUAAAACAUGUGGAUUCAGGAUUUGUAAUUCCAUGUCUAGAGGAUGUGGUGGUUGCAGUGAGAUCACCACUAAAUGCUGAACAGAAAAUGAGUACUCUUGAGUCCUUUUUAAGGUACGGGAAGAAUUUGAAGAGGAUGGUAAUAAAGAUUCUGCAGAUGAAGAGCAGUCAUAGCAGUGCAGAUGAUUUUUUUGAUGAGGUUUACAGGUUUAGCCGCAUGAAUGACGACAUAGUUCGAAUAGAAUAAAGAUUAGAGGGGGCACUUCCUCUCCUGGUUUUGCAUUUAAUUUAAAUGACUCCAAUUUUAUACUCUGAUUUCAGGUUGACUACUGAACUGAUUGAAACUUUGAUUAUCCUUUUUAACAAAUUGAUUCAGAAUAUGCAUUGUUUCUUAA